AUGGCGGGACAGCAGGUAGAGGUGGACAGAGGGAUCAUGGAAGGAGGCAGCCAUACCCUGAGAGUCUCCACAGCCCUGAGCUGUCUCCCAGGCCUCUAUUUGCAGGUACAGAAGAUCCAAGCUGGCCACAGCACACCUGGCCUGAGUUUUAUAAAUCCUCAACAAUUAUCUGGACUGCAAAUGAUGCAAGAUUUAUGUGAUGGGCAACUAGAGGGGACAGAAAUCGGCUCAUCAGAAAUAAUGUUUAUACCAGAGAAGAUCAAAGGUGGAAUCCAUACAGCAGCUACCCAAACUGCAGGGAGUGUGUGUCUGUUGAUGCAGGUCUCGAUGCCCUGUGUUCUCUUUGCUGCUUCUCAAUCAGAACUUUGUUUGAAAGGUGAAACUAAUGCUGAAAUGGCACCACAGAUCAAUUACACAGUGAUGGUUUUCAAGCCAAUUGUUGAAAUUUUUGGUUUCAAAUUUAAUUGUGACAUUAAAAUGAGAGGCUAUUACCCAAAAGGGAGUGGUGAAGUGAUUGUCCAAAUGUCACCAGUUAAGCAAUUGAACCCAAUAAAUUUAACUAACCAUGUCUCUGUGACUAAGAUGUAUGAAAGAGCCUUUGUUGCUGGUGUUUUGCCAUUUACAGUAGCAAAAGAAAUGGUGGCCGCAGCUGUAAGAUGCAUCAGAAAAAAGAUUAGGUAUCUGUAUGUUAACAUCCAGCCUGUUCAGGAAUCUGAAGACCAAGCCUUUGACAAUGGAAAUGGAAUAAUCAUUAUUGCUGAGACAUCCACUGGCUGUUUGCUGGCUGGAUGAUCGCUUGGUAAACGAGGUGUAAAUGCAGACAAGGUUGGAAUUGAAGCUGCCAAAAUGCUAUUAGCAAAUCUUAGACAUGGUGGUGCCGUGGAUGAGAAUCUGCAAGACCAACUAAUCAUUUUCAUACCAUUAUCCAGUGGAGUUUCCAGAAUAAAAACAGGACCAGUUACGCUCCAUACACAAACAGCUAUACAUUUUGCUGAACAACUAGCAAAGGCUAAAUUUACUGUGAAGAAAUCAGGAAAUGAAGAUGAUGCUUCUAAAGACACUUAUAUUAUUGAGUGCCAGUUUAUUGGGAUGAUAAAUCCAAAUCUAUAG